AUGGAUGAAGUUCCUGAUCUUGACAUGAAGAGAGAAAGAAGGAGAAAAGAGAAUCAGAGAGGGGAUGGAGACAGAGGACAGUGGGCCAGUAAAAGAGAAUAUAUUCUAGUUAUUGCAGGAAGUGUUGUAGGCCUAGGCAACGUUUGGAGAUUUCCUUACCUCUGCUACAAGAAUGGAGGAGGUGCCUUUCUGGUGCCAUAUGGUGUGUUAGCUGUGUUGGUUGGGAUACCUCUGUUCCUACUGGAGAGUGCAGUUGGUCAAUACACCCAGGAAGGAUUCAUCACCUGUUGGAGGAAACUGUGUCCACUGGCACAAGGAAUUGGAUUUGGACAACUUACAAUUUCAGUCUGUUUCUUCAUCUAUAUUUUAAUCGAAGCCUGGGCUCUUUUCUACUUGGUGUUCUCGUUUCGAUCCCAGCUCCCUUGGGCCACCUGUGACAACACCUGGAAUACAGCUAAAUGUCUUGGUCUUCAAACUUUCAAUUCAGCUAAUGUGUCCGUGAAGCACACCAACACCACCUCUGCUGCAACUGAGUUCUGGGAGCAACGGGUGCUGGCCAUGUCGGGAGGUAUUGAAGAGCUGGGCAGUGUGAGAUGGGAGCUGGCUUUGUGUCUUCUCGCUUGUUGGGUAUUAUGCUACUUCAGCAUCUGGAAAGGUGUCAAAUCAUCUGGAAAGGUAGCGUACUUCACAGCCACAUUCCCCUAUGUGAUGCUCCUGGUGCUGCUCAUCAGAGGCUUGACUCUACCUGGAGCUUGGCAAGGGAUCUACUACUACCUGUAUCCGGACUUGAAACGCCUGGUUCACCUUGAGGUCUGGAUAGAGGCUGGAUCCCAAAUAUUUUUCUCCUACAGCCUGACUGCAGGGACUCUAAAUGUUCUGGGAAGCUACAAUGAGUACAACAACAAAUGUUACAAGGACUGUUUUUGGCUCUGUCUGCUGAACAGUGGAACCAGUUUUGUUUCUGGAUUUGUCGUCUUCUCUGUACUUGGAUUCAUGGCUCAGAAACAGGGCGUUAGUGUCGACACUGUGGCUGAGUCUGGUCCAGGUUUGGCCUUCAUUGCGUACCCUCAGGCUACAGCUUUAAUGCCUUUGCCACAUUUCUGGACCGUCUGCUUUUUCCUGAUGCUCAUUCUCCUUACUGUUGACACACAUUUUGUGAUAGUAGAGAGUUUUAUCACCACAAUGAGCGACUUGUUUCCAAAGUGGCUUCGUGCACCAGUGAGACACGAGAUCUUUGUCCUUGUUGUCUGUUUAUCCUCCUUCCUCGUACAUCUGACCCUGGUCACUGAGGGAGGAAUUUACAUUUUCCAACUCGUUGAUUUCUAUGGGUCGACUAGAGUGUCUAUGAAUUUUAUGGCUGUAUGUGAAUGUGUAGCUGUUGGCUGGAUUUUUGGUGCUGAUCGCUUUUAUAACAUCAUUGAGGACAUGACUGGACAGAGACCAUGUGUUUUCUUCAAACUGUGCUGGAGAUACAUCAUUCCUCUGCUGUCACUGAUUUCCUUUAUCCUGUACCUGGUUGAUUACAAACACCUCAGGAUUAACGACAGGUACGUUUACCCCGACUGGGCGUACGCUCUAGGCUGGACCAUGACUCUCUCCUCUGUUGUCAUGGUGCCACUCUGUGCAGCUGGACAGAUGUUUUUGACAGCAGGCACCUUCAGACAGCGUUUGAGCGUCCUUUGCCGUCCUACUAAAGAUUUAUCCUGCCAGAGGAGAAGAAUGGGAGAAGAGGGGACGACUGUCGAACUGAGGACGUCAGAAGUUUAA